AUGCAACGUCUAAGCAUCCGCCUACGGGCAGCUCACAUUCGCGCCUCGCCAGUGACAAUUACGCGGUCGUUACCCAUAGCAUACCAAGUACGCCGAAACUACUAUCCCACAGCAGCAGCCCAAGCAAGCUCCGCUCCGAAAGAAGCAGAGGAGGCAAGCGCCGAUUCGGGAGGCUCACGCUCCAAAGACGCCGCCGAGUCCGCAUCCGCCUCCAGCUCCCAGGGUGAUGCUGUACCCGUGGCGGAUGUGCCCGACCAACUCGCUCACGGCGGAGCCAAGGGCGCUACUGGCGGUGGCGAGCCUCUGGAAAGCUCCAAGAACGCGCCCCCGCAACCAAAGAUCACCAAUGCGAGCAUUCCCCAGGGUGGAGAGAAGCUCACAAAGGAGCAGCAAGAAGAGGUUGACGAGCACAACCGAGAUUUCGAGGCGAAACACGACCGUGCGGCGCCGGCAUCAGAUGACAAGGUGGACAGCAAGUUUUGGAGUGGGAAGGGAUCACAGAAAUCGAAGGACUGA